AUGCAUGACCACCGUCUUGUCCGUAUUGAUGUUCAGUCCGAAGUGGACGCAACCGGAGGCGAAGAUAUUUAUGCUCUGCUGCAUAUCUUCUUCGGUCGCGCUGUUGAGUGAGCAGUCGUCAGCGAAGCGCAGAUCGUAAAUAGUAGCGGUGGAGAGGCGAGUCAGGCCCUUCACUCAUCGGCUCUUGAGGUGUCCGUCGAUCCUGUAGUUAAUACGGAUCCUGGGGCGCUUAUUACGGCAGACGUCCAUCACGGUAGGCCCCCAUCAGAAUGGCAGAGAACGUGAGGCCGAAGAGGGUAGGCGCUAGUACGCAUCCCUACUUGACUCCAUUGGUCACCGUAACUGCCUCAGACACUACUACUACUACUACUACUACUACUACUACUACUACUACUACUACUACUACUACUACUACUACUACUACUACUACUACUACUACUACUACUACUACUACUACUACUACUACUACUACUACUACUACUAA